AUGACUACCGCGUCGUUAGAAGGGCAAGGAACUGCAGCGCAUCAUUCCGAAAUUUCACCAACGAGACAUGGUGAUGACUCAGGUGUAGGUUCUGCACAGAAUGCGAAUGAUGAACACGUGUACAUUGCCGAUGGCUACCACAUUGUUCGACGGAUGAUAUUCAUCAUGACAGUGUGUUCAUCCAUGUUUAUGAACCAGUUGGGCCUAUGCAACACUCUCACGACGCCCGAAAUAAUCGGAGAGUCCUUUGGUGUCACCGACCCUGGUAACCUCUCCUGGACAAUCUCUGGUUACGGCUUGACUCUAGGCACCUUCAUCUUAAUCGGAGGACGUUUGGGUGACGAGCUUGGCAACAAGGCAAUAUUCAUCAUUGGUAUGGGCUGGCUUGCCUUGACCAGCAUGAUGGCAGGAGUGUCUGUCUACUCCAGCUACCCCGUCUACAUCCUUGCUCGUGUUCUGCAGGGCCUUGGCCCCUCCUUGACUGUGCCUAAUGCUCUAGCUAUCAUGGGAAAAUGCUUCUCACAGGGCCCUCGAAACAUGGGGUUUGCAUGGUUUGCUGCGUCAGCUCCAGUCGGUGCGAUGACAGGUCUCCUCUUUGGGCCCCUUUUUGCCAUGGCUUGGUGGCCAUGGAUCUACUGGAGUCAGGCUUUGGGGGUUGCCUUUCUUUUUGUCAUCUCUUUCGUCGCGAUUCCAAAUAUGCCCGUUGAGGGCGAGCCAAAGCGACGAACGAUUCGCGAGGUUUUGAACCGAGUUGAUCUUCUGGGCGGUGCAAGCGGUGUGACAGCACUGAUUCUAUUCAACUUUGCCUGGAAUCAGAGCCUGAUCACUAUGUGGGAUGAACCUUACGUCUACGUAUGCCUGAUCCUCAGUUUCGUCUUUCUGGCGGCGUUCUUUUACAUCGAACUUCACCUAGCUCGUUAUCCAAUCCUACCUGUUGCUAUCCUCACUUCCGACAUUGCUUUCGUGUUCGGCUGUACAGCAGCGGGUUGGUCCACAUUCGGCAUCUGGCUAUUCUACGUCAUCCGAAUAUGCGUCAAUAUUGGUGGCCAAACCCCCAUUCAACUGGCCGCAUGGCUUUCUCCUAUCCUUGUCACCGGUAUAUCAACAGCGUUGAUUGUUGGCAAAAUAGUCGACAAGGUCCCAGCCUCAUCCAUCAUGUUCUUUGCAAUGUUUUGUUACUUCCUCACUUCCCUUCUCAUGGCCUUGCGGCCCGUACACUCAACAUACUGGACCUACUUCUUUUUCGCCACCAUCAUCGCCACCUUUGCAAUGGAUUCAUCGUUGCCUGCUGCCACGAUCAUCUUCUCUAACGCUGUGCCGCGACACUAUCAAGGCAUGGGUUCCAGUGUGAUCAUGACGAUUGUUGUCUACAGUAUAUCGCUAGGCCUUGGUUUUGCUGGUACCAUUGAACUUCAGAUCAACAAUGGCGGACAUACUAAGGCAGACUUGCUUCAUGGCUACCGGGGUACUCUCUGGUUUUCGGUAGGGUUGACAGCAUUCGGCACUAUACUCGCCCUUAUCUUUCUACUCAAAGAUCAUCGAAGACGACAGUUGAUGCAAUGA